CAUUGCGCUGACGUCAUCGUCUUCGCGUAAUUACGUGUCAUCAUCUUCACGUAAUUACCUCUGAACUCCAUGGACGACUUUAUAUAUAUCCGACACUUCAAUUACCUUCUAUUCGUCGUGUCUUGUCUUUCAAAAGAUAAAGUGGGAGCUAGAGAGGCGAAGAAAAACACAUACACACUCCAAAUCACCAUCGAAUUCACUGAAAUGUCGAAGAAAAAGAUCGUUGUGAAGGUAUCCAUUUGCUGUGAAAAGCAAACUCGUAAGGCUCUCAAGAUCGCCGUUGGUGUCUCCGGGGUUGAUUCAGCGUCCUUCAUCGGUUCAGAUAAAGACCAAAUAGCGGUGAUUGGAGAAGGUAUUGACUCGGUCAAACUGACGACCUUGCUAAGGAAAGGAGUUGGACAUACAGAACUAGUAAGUGUUGGUCCAGCGGAGGAGAAGAAAGAAGACAAAGAAUCGAAGCCCAACGAGGUCACAUUUCAGUUUCAUCCUUACCAGUAUUACUAUCCAAAACAGAUACACUCAUUACAGGCAAAGUUCACAGAAAUGGCAAAGCAAAAGAUUGUGGUGAAGGUGACAAUGAACACCGAGAAGAAAAUUCGUAAGGCUCUGAAAAUCGCCGUUAGUCUCUCCGAUAAAACCCAAAUCGCUGUAACAGGGGAAGAUGUUGACUCAGUUGAACUGACGACCUUGCUACGGAAAGGUGUCGGAUACACAGAGCUACUGAGUGUUGGUCCGGUGGAGGAGAAGAAACCAGCCGCCGCAAAAGAAUCAAAUCCCGCGGUGGCGUCACUAAAUGUUAAUCCGUACCAAUACUACUACGGCAGCUACGGGAUGCCCUACUAUGUCUAUGAGAUUUGA